AGUCCUAGAUUAUACCGGGUAUAGGAUGUCUACAAACUCGUGUCUUUCUCGCAUGAAUCACAAGUUAAAUUUGUUCUACCUGUUUGAUUUACAUGGCCAUUCUUUUGGAACGAACAAGAACAACUUGUCUAUCAACCACGUCGUAUCUUUUAAACUGAACUAAUUACCCACGUUAAAUAAACAACUAUAAUAUGAUUUAUAUAGAUAUCUACCGGAUGUGUGGUAAUUCAACUAAUAACAAAUGGAUAUAAUUUUUAAAAUUAAACAUGGAUAAAUCUAAAUGUAAGGACUCGAACUCGGACAGAGUGUCGGAGGAGAAUCUCACCAGUGAGCUAGAUAUAUCAGAACGAGAACCAUUGAUACAUAAAUAUGAAGAUAGUUAUGAUAUUGGUUAUCGUAAAUACAAGAAGUUAGACAUAACUACCUCAUGGCGACAUUUUCUCAUAGGGCCAGUGAUGUUUGUGUAUAUAUUUGCAAUGAUAAGUUCAUACUAUGCUCUGGUAGAAUACACGAAGGAAUAUUUCAUCAAGGUUGAAUUUGAUAAAGCUAAUUUGUCUUUAGACAACAGUUCGUAUGACCGCUGUAGUGCUGAUGCAGACGACAUUGUAUAUAAGGCAGAAACAAAAGCCACCUCCACAGCGGCUACAUGGAACCUGUAUUAUGCGGUCGCUGCUGGAGUACCUUCUAUGAUAUCAAAUAUGGUGCUAGGGUCAUACACAGAUGCCCUCGGUAGAAAAUUCUUAAUAGCAGUAGGAAUCACUGGAACAUGUAUCCGCUUAGCUAUAGCUGCCAUAACAGUUCACUUUGAAGCCAACAUUGCUUUUUUACUUAUUGCUUGUUUUGUGGAAGGAUGUACAGGUCAAUAUGCUACAGCAUUACAAGCGUCAUUUGCAUACGCAGCCGACAUUACCAAGCCGGGAAAAUCUCGAAUCUUAGGAAUUGUUCUUAUUGAAUUUUGUUUAGGGGUCGGUAUGUCGUCUGCUAGUUUUGUUGAAGGUUAUUUAGUAGAAUGGAAAGGGUACAUGGUCACAUUUAGUGCUAUGGCUGUAGUUCUAGUCAUGACCUUUUUAUUUUUAAUCUUUUUAUUACCAGAAACUCUCACUAAAACGCACAGACAUAGAGACAAAUCAUGUAUUGGUUUGCUUAAAAUAAGUUUUUCUCCAUUUUUAAAAAACGAUUCUGAAAAUAAACGCUGGAAAUAUCAGCUAGUGGUAUUGAUGCAUGUAUUAGUAAGUAUUAGUUAUAGUGCCCGACUGCCAACUGAAACCCUUUAUCAACUUGCCCCGCCAUUUUGCUGGAGUGUAACCAAAGUAGGGGUCUACGCUGCAGUAAGGACGCUGGCGUUCAUGUUUAUUGGACUAACGUCUGUGAAGUUGUUCCAACUGUUUCUAGACGAGAUCUGGAUAUGCCUGAUAGGCACCGCCUCUUAUACUGCCGCCUUUCUCUGGACAGCGUUUGUCGCGGAUGAUACAACAUAUUAUUGUAUUAUAGCUGUUGGUUGUUUUGGACCACUUUCUGUGACGAUGCAUCGAAGUAUCCUUUCACAUUUAACACCACCUGAAAAACAAGGAGCCAUAUUCAGUGCUGUUGGAACAUUAGAAGUUGUAUCUCAUCUUUUGUCUAACAUCAUCACUAGUUCUGUCUACGCCGAGACUGUGUCCUACAUGCGGGGACUCGUGUUCCUCGUGCUGGGAGGAUUCGAUGCCGUCUGCGUUAUUCUAACGAUUGUUCUGAAGAUAGGAUGGCAAAUAGAGAAAAAGACAAACGGAAAUCAAAUAACUUCACGUACAGAAAUUAUUGUUUCAGUACCGGAGUCCGACGACCAGAAAGUAUAGUGUACAUGACAUUCUGUGUAUAUCAUUUAUCAUUUGAUCUCUUACAGUAUCAUUUACAUGUAUAUAUUUUUAAUAUCUCCAUGAUUUAUAUAGCAAAACAAUGACACUUUCAGAACCUUUACAAACAUUUAUCUUAAAGGCUAUGUUAGAUAUCUAACAGCCUGAUACUUUCUGUGAUAUUUAUAUUUCUUCUGCCUUGACAAUAAUUUGUCUUUGAAAAGAAUAAUAACUUUGAUACAGAAGCUUUCUUUUCUGUUUUACGAUAAAAGCUUUUGGAAUAAAGUUUGUACAUCUUUAUCAAAUAUACAUC